GUUCUCUUUAUUGGCCGAGUUCCCGAAGACGCUCGCAGUUCGGAUUUGGAAGACAUUUUCCGCAAGUAUGGCAAGAUCAUUCGCUGCGAUGUCAAACACGGAGCAUCUGUCAGCUUUGGAUUUGUCGAAUAUGAGGAUAAGCGUGAUGCCGAGGAAGCUGUAAAGGCUGGUCAAGAAACCGAGUUUGAAUUCAAUGGUGCCAAAAUGUACGUUGAAUGGGCCAAGGCCGGUGGUCGUCGCGGUGGUGAGCGAAGUGAUGGUUGCUUCAAGUGUGGAGAAACAGGCCACUGGGCUCGUGAGUGUCCCAAUAGCGGUGGUGGUGGUCGUGAUCGCAGUCCUCGUAGAGACAGGGGCUACGAUCGUAGCUACGAUCGAGGCUAUGAUCGCGGAGACCGUGGUCGUGACCGUGACCGUGGGUAUGACCGUGACCGUGAUCGAGGAUAUGACCGUGACCGCGAUUAUGACAGAAGAGACAGAGACCGUGAUCGCAGUCCUCCUCGUCGCCGUGACCGCUCGAGAUCUGGAUCUCCUCGUCGUUGAAAUAAACAGCCAAUUGUUUU